AAAGCCCAUCGAUGCCUAACUUCUCCUCACCAAUUAGGCAAUACGCUUAGCUAUUAAGAACUUAAUUGUGUGUGAGUAAUUAUAUUCAAUCUUUAGCUAAUUCCGAUAUGGAGAGGGUUGUAAUCCUAAUGAUGGCCUCUCUCAUGCUCUUGCUAGCCCUCACCUCCUUUCCUCUCCCAUCCAUUGCCGUCUCGUCGUGCAAUGGCCCAUGCACCACACUGGACGACUGCGGUGGCCAGUUGAUAUGCAUUAACGGAAGGUGCACCGAUGACCCAGAGGUCGGCACCCACAUAUGCACAAACUCUCCCCUCUCCCCGUCCGGCGGGUCAUGUCAACCCUCCGGCACCCUGAACUGUAAGGGCAAGUCGUACCCCAAGUACCACUGCUCGCCGCCGGUCACGUCCUCGACAAGCGCCACCCUGACCGAGAACGAUUUUAGCGAGGGUGGGGAUGGUGGGGGCCCGUCGGAGUGCGAUGAUAAGUACCACUCUAACUCCGAGCAUGUUGUCGCGUUGUCAACCGGCUGGUACGCGGGGGGGUCCCGCUGCGGGCAGAUGGUCAAGAUAACUUCCACGAAGACCGGGCGCAGCGUGACUGCUAAGGUGGUCGACGAGUGUGACUCCAUGAACGGGUGUGACUCGGAGCACGCGGAUCAGCCUCCAUGUAGGAACAACAUAGUUGAUGCCUCAAGCUCCGUGUGGGACACGCUGGGGCUCGAUAUCGAUGUGGGUGAAGAGAGUAUAACCUGGUCCAUGGCUUAGGCCUGUGCCAUCUGCCAUGCAUCAUCAUUUCUUCCAUGAGAAGCUGCCGCGAUUCUCGGAGCUACUAUUACUACAUGCAGUUCUUUCUGAAUUGGAACAAAGCGAGGUGUUACAUUCGCAUGCCGUUGUAUUCUGAUAGGAUGACCUCAUUGGAUCUUUUAUGAAAGGACGACCUGAAUACAUGAGCGGCAUGGGAUAUAUUAGGCUCAUAGUAGUCUCACAUAUUCCUAAUUAUAUAUAUUUUAAUUGGUUGUUACUUAUUCAAAGUAAAUAAGUAACACUCGGUAAAUAUUUACUCACUUUUAGAUUUUUUUGGGUAAUUACUUUUAGAUUCUUUUAAUUAAUUUCAUAGAAAAGGCAUAGUAUAGUAGAGGAGAUUUUUGAGAAAAUAGAGUAGCUGGUUUUUUAAAUAUUUUUCUUUUUAAUAUCACCCAUAAAAAUAGGAGA